CGCAAAUAGACGUGGCGGGACGUAUGUGUCAUGGCGAGCUCCAUCUGAAGUGUUUCCCGUAGCCGCAGAACAGCGUGUGCUUCUCUCUGUUUGGGCUGACUUCCCAGAGGAUUUGAGACCAAUUGCAGAUAAUCAAGAUAAUAGAGAAGAUGCCUUCUGCGUCCUGCGACAUACUACUGGAUGACAUAGAAGAUAUUGUGUCACAGGGAGAUUUAAAGCCACAAGAUAGGCAUUCUGCACGAAAGCACGUUGUUCCAAAGGCACGAAAGCGAAACACCCAAAAAUAUUUGCAAGAGGAAAACAGUCCACCAAGUGAUAGCACCAUUCCAGGCAUACAGAAAAUUUGGUUGCGAACAUGGGGUUGUUCUCAUAAUAAUUCAGAUGGAGAAUAUAUGGCUGGACAACUAGCUGCUUAUGGAUAUGAAAUUACAGAAAAUGCAUCAGACGCAGAUUUAUGGCUCCUGAAUAGUUGUACUGUAAAAAAUCCAGCUGAAGACCACUUUAGAAACUCAAUUAAAAAAGCUCAAGAGGAGAACAAGAAGAUAGUGCUAGCUGGAUGCGUUCCCCAAGCCCAGCCUCGGCAGGACUACCUUAAAGGACUGAGCAUCAUAGGGGUUCAACAGAUAGAUCGAGUGGUAGAAGUUGUGGAGGAAACCAUUAAAGGUCACUCUGUGAGACUGCUGGGUCAGAAAAAGGACAAUGGAAAGCGCCUGGGGGGGGCACGAUUGGAUUUGCCAAAGAUCAGGAAGAAUCCGCUGAUAGAAAUCAUUUCCAUCAAUACCGGGUGCCUCAAUGCUUGUACCUACUGCAAAACUAAACACGCCAGAGGAAAUUUGGCCAGUUACCCAAUAGAAGAACUAGUAGAAAGAGCCAAACAGUCUUUUCAAGAGGGCGUUUGUGAGAUAUGGUUGACCAGUGAAGACACGGGGGCUUACGGCAGAGACAUUGGCACCGAUCUCCCCGCACUGCUGUGGAAACUGGUUGAAGUGAUCCCUGAGGGAGCGAUGCUGAGGCUUGGCAUGACAAAUCCACCCUAUAUUUUAGAGCAUCUGGAGGAAAUGGCAAAAAUCCUUAAUCAUCCCCGAGUCUAUGCUUUCCUGCACAUCCCGGUCCAGUCUGCCUCUGACACUGUACUCAUGGAAAUGAAGAGAGAAUACUGCGUGGCUGACUUCAAAAGAGUUGUGGAUUUCCUGAAAGAGAAAGUUCCUGGAAUAACUCUGGCCACAGAUAUUAUCUGUGGUUUUCCCGGAGAAACAGAUCAAGAUUUUCAAGAAACAGUGAAGCUUGUGGAAGAGUACAAAUUUCCAAGCCUCUUUAUUAACCAGUUUUACCCAAGACCCGGAACUCCUGCUGCGAAAAUGGCACAAGUUCCAGCCCAAGUGAAAAAACAAAGAACGAAAGACCUUUCCCGGGUGUUCCAUUCUUACAGUCCGUAUGAUCACAAGAUUGGCGAAAGACAACAAGUGUUAGUGACCGAAGAGUCUUUUGAUUCCAAGUUUUACGUUGCCCACAAUCGAUUCUACGAGCAGGUCUUAGUGCCAAAGAACCCCACAUUCAUGGGGAAAAUGAUCGAAGUGGACAUUUACGAAUCAGGCAAACACUUCAUGAAAGGGCAGCCAGUAUCAGACGCCAAAGUAUACACGCCAUCCAUCAGCAAACCAUUAGCAAAGGGAGAAGUCUCAGGUUUAACAGAGGACUUCAGAAAAAGGCUUGGGACUCACCUCAGCUCAGUGCCCCACACUUCCACGGUUCGGCGGGACCCUGCGAGUUCCAGAAUGGCGCUCCACUUGCAAAAGCUCCGUGGACACUGUGCACUGGGGGUGUCUGUAGGCCUGGCUCUGUUUGCCCUCCUUCUGGCUCUUUUGGUCAAAGUCUAUAAUUAAAGCACAACUAAUGGAACCAUUUGUGAGGAAGACUACAUUUCUAAUUAAAAUCUGUACCGAACAGAAAAGCAACCACAUCAGUCCUCCAGGAGCCGGAAUUUACACUGGUCUCUGCCCCCGAGUCAGCCAUACUUUUUAUGAGGCUUACCCUGUCUCCCAUCACGUUGGGCCAUCCGUUAUUUGACAUGACACCUACUAACUAUUGCCAUGGCAUAUCUUUCACAUUAAGCUCCUUUCAGUUUAUCUGCAGCAGGAAAUGGUUGCAUUUUUCUUCAAGCCUCCAGUCUUCAAGUCAGAGCUUAAUUGGACAGUGGAUCCGGUCAUCUUUUCCUGACGUGGGAAGAAUUUUGAGUCUUCAAUAAACAUUUAAAAAUG